AUGGUAUUUUAAAAUUGUGUUGCGUGUGGAAGGAAAUCAGAAGGAUUAGUGAAAUUGCUUCCUCAUUUCAAAUCCUCCAGGGAUUACGAGUAUAUCCAUAAAAAGUGCCUAUUAUUUUACAAAUCUGAUUGGAAUAAUCGGUUGGCAGUCAAUGAAAAAUUAUUUUACAAGGAAUACUUGCAACAUUGUUCAAUAUGUGGGAAAAAAAACUAUAAAUAAGUUAUUCAUUGUUCACAGAGGUAUAAUUAGAAUGUGUAAUUCGUAAAAGUUUAUGUCAAAAGAGCUUUCACUUUGAUUGUGUAGACAACCCUAUAAUAUCUAAGACUGAAGAGAAUGGCCACCGCCCUCCUUAGUUAUUGAUAUUUUGCUCAUACCAUGAUUCAAUCUAAAAUGUUGUUACUGAUUUAGAUGAAGCAGUGAAUUCCCUAUAUAACUCUUACUUAGUUUAGAAGGAAUAAUAGGAAGAACCACAUUCGCAUCAUCGAUCUAAGCAUAAAAAGAAACACAAAAAGAAGCAUUCUCACAAAAGAUCUCGUUCCCACAGAAAAAAAUCAAGGCGUUCCAGCAAAAAUUUGAAGUUUAGCGAUGGAGAAGAGUCGGAAUCAAAAAAAUCGAUUUCCGAAAUCAUAAAACCUAUGUAGACCAAGAAAAGUCUUCUAGUUAUUCAGAAGAACAUAAUAACCAAUGAUUUGGUCAGUCAAGCCUAUUAAAAAAAGCUGUAGAGCUAGCCUCAGAUAGAAAUAGAGUCUAAGACACCACAGACAUUAAAUUAUGAAAUUCAGCAUUAAAAUCAUUAAUAACAGUAACAAAUAAAGCCUUAGAUAUUAUCUUAAAUAUAAUAGCCAAUAUAAUAAUAGAUAUAAAUAGAGAUUCAGAAGAACACAAUUAUUAAAUAAUAAAUAUUUCCUUAGAUAACUAAAAUUUCUGUGGAAGAUCCUGAAUUUCCAAGGUAAGAGAGAGAAACAAAGAGAGAUUAAUCUAUUGCAAAAUGGUGGGACAAGAUAAACGAAGUGUUUUUCAUAGGGGAAAAAAAAAUGCCUUUAACUUAAUAAGAAGACUUUGAAAACUUAUUUUAAUGGCAUGAAUAACCUUAAGAUUAGGAGCUUUUGGAUAUUUCAGACGCGAGUAAUUUUGGUAUUGCUUUGAUUUAUGGAUAGAACCAAUAAUUUAGUUAAAAUAUCUUUAUAGAGACUCCAUGAAUGUAGUUUUUCGAACUUCACAAUCUUCCUAUUAGUACACUAAUUGUAAAACAAUCUUUUAGAUUCAUACGAUAUAAUCUCACUGAUUAAAUUGGUCGAACGAAUACCAAAGGAUAGAUCCUAACAAAUCUAAGACUUUAUAGAUAUCCAUCAGAAAGUGUCCCUUUUUAAAGAAAUUCGUAAAUUUCUGAAAAUGAAGUACUAAUAUAAAUUUGCUAAAAAGGAGCCAGUAGGAAAAAGUCUUAUUUUUCAUGAAUCCUGCGAAUUAAGCCAGGAGGAUUUCGAUCAAUGCUUAAUAUUGGAAGAUAAAAUAAAAUCGUAUUACCAACUUUUAGAAUUAUAAUUGGAUAUUGAAAAUGAGACAGUCGAAUAAUUAGAUAUUGUAUAUCAUGCAUUAAAGGAAGAUUUGAAUGAAGUAGUUUAGGAGAAUAAUUAAAUGAGAGAAAAUAUAAACAAUUAAAUAGUGACUACUAAAGAUCAAUAGACAAUGAAGACCCUCAAAAAAAAACAACAAAUGAUUAUGGAUUUAUUAAAAUGGUCGCAAAUUGUCAAAGCCUUUAUUAAUGGAUAUAAGGACAAGCAGAAAGAUGUUCUAAAUACAUUUUACCCUUGUUUAAAUUUAGAUUCUCAAUCCUCAUAAAAAGCUUAGUUAAAAAAGAAGAAAAUUCAUUCUAAAGAAAAUUCAAAACCACUUGAUACUGACUGCAAAAUAUGUUUUGAUUAUCAUUAUACAGAUUUUAAUCCAGUAAUCUAUUGUGGUAGAUGCUCAACAUCAUUCCACAAAAUUUGUUAUUGUUUUAUAGGAAAUCUUGAUGAAUAAGAUGUCCUUUGUGAUGCAUGUUUAUUUGAACAAAACAAAUCUGGUACAACAAAAAGGAGUAAUAUAUUUGUUUAUUUCAGAUCCAGCAAAAUGUAGAAUUUGUAAAAAAUUAGGGCUCCCAUAAAAACAAAUUGAUAAUCAAUUUUAUCAUGUUUCAUGCUUGCUGCUAACAAAUUUAGUCAUUAUAAAAAAAGGUGUUUAUAAAGUGAGAAAUAGUAAGAAUGAUAUUAAGCAAAUUUGUAAGGACAAUGAAACAAGUACUCCGUAAUGUGCUAUUUGUGGCGAUGACAAGGGUAUUGAUUUUUUCAUUAUAGGAUUUCGAUUUACUUGUUUCGGCAAUGAGACAAUCCCUUGUAGACACGCAUUCCAUCCUUUAUGUGCAUACCUUCAUGGUCUAACCAUUAAUAUAGAGAGCGAAGACAUAGAAUAAUGUUUUGAAGAACAAAAGUUUGGUUAAUUGAAUGUUCGAAUUAAAUGUGUUUUACAUUGUGGAAAAGACUUACAAGAUUUAUUACUACAAACUUAUUAUAGGUAAUCCUUAUUCACAAUAUUCAUAGACGAUUCGCGUUAAAUUAUGAAUCAGCAGCUUAAUGUGGAGGUUAAGACGUAUUCUUAGAAUAAUUUAAAACAACAAAAGGAUAUAAAUAUUUAUACUCAAAGUAACCAAUAACGAAGAAUGACACUUUAUAAUAAUAAAUAAAUAAUUAGAAUGGAACAACAACAUUAAUGUGAG